AUGCUCCGACGCGUUAGAGGCACCGCUGCGGCAGUUAGGCAUGUUGUGGCAGUCGUACCGGGGGCAGCUCCGCCGACAUCUCCUGGGAUGACGCAAAUAAGGAGCAGCUGGAUGCAGGGGCCAAGAAAAUUCUCCAGCUACCCCUUUGCCUCGCCCCUUUCUCAGUGCCGUCAGCCAGUUCAGCAGCAGCGUUGCGGCUACACGUCCCGUAGCGGCGAGGAGAAGGGCAGUGCAGGCAAGGGCAAACAAGCUCCAGCCGCUGCAGCUGCAGCAGUGUCCACAACACCAGGCACAGCGUCCACCACGGCGGUACACUAUUUCACAACGAAUCAGAAUAAUGCCGACCUCGCCGCCCAUCCACAGAGUAACGUGGAGCAACACAAGCAGGCAGCCGCGGCAACGGCGAAUGGUAGCGCUGCCGCCCCCUCUGGCAUCCGCACCAUCGGUAUCAAGCUCACCGAGGAUGACGAGCUUGUGCGCGCCUUCAACAGCUUUUCGAAGAACAUCAACGGCUGCACUGAGGAAGAGUUCCUCGUCGGCGCGAAGCAGGCGUACUACAGUCUCGCCGUCGUCAUCAGCGCCUUUGUCGAUCAUGCGCAGCCGCUAGUCGGGAAGACCGAGCCGAGCAAAACAAUUGCCGCCGCGCAUGAAGCAGUGAAGCUGCUGGACAAGGCAUUUAAGCCCGAGACUCACGCGGAUGCGGCGGCGGCGACAGCAUCGCUGACGUCGAAGGAUGAGGAGGGGGGCGACAAGGACGCCUUCUCCACUUCCCGCAAGAAGAAGCUGCAGGACUCGCUUGUCCAUAGUGUUGUCUCUACCAUUGUCUCCCUCAUCCCUGUCUCGCGGCACUUGGCGGAGUCCAUCUUCAAGGUUUGGGUUCAGCACAAGGAUAAGCAGGUGAACCUGAGCAGCAUCGCCUCACCUGCAGACUACGUGCUGGACUCGAAGCUGGUCAUCUUCGCCCGCUUGGGCAAGGCACGUAUGUACUUCAACUCCGAUAAUGUUGGCGCCGAGGUGGACGUGACCUUUAACAACGACUACCUGCGAAAGCUGGACCCUUCCGACGUGGCCGGCAGUGGUGCGGCAGGAAGUGCGCAGAAGGCGGACGCAGGUGGUAAAGUUGACGAGGAUGAGUUUGACACCGGUAUGAUUCAGGUGCACACCGACACAGAUGCCAACGCGCAUCGCACCGUGGCAGAGGAGUACACCUUCGUCGUGAACAACGCCACCCGGACGCUUGUGCCAACCGCCUCCACGACCGCCAGUACAGCCGCUGCGGCAACGACAGCGUCUGCGGACGAGGCGAGGCAUAGUGGCAAGAAGUCGGCCUGUGCUGGACCCGGAGGUGCAUCAGCUGUGGAGAGCGCGAAGUCUUCCGGCACAGCGUCACGCGUUCAAGUCACGUACGUGAAGCCAAAAGGCUUUUCGGAGAAAACUGCGGGUACGGCAACGGUGCCUGACGAGGCUACCGUGAAGGCCGCAGCGGCACCCAAAGAAAGCUUGGAAGAGGAAGAAGAGGGACACUCCGUGUACAUCAAGGUAAACGGCAACAUGCUGCCACCGAUUCCCGCCUCAGCGCAUGCGUGCGCGUUGCUCACCGUGGAUGUUGUUGUGCCACCGGAGCGGUACGCCUACAACUUUGAGUGGUUCUACAAGCGCAUCGUCGGCUAUGAGAACGAGUACGAGCGCAUUGCGGCGGCGCGCGUGUUCGCGUCAAACAGCCCCAAGGCGCUGGCGAGCCUCCUCGAUUUCCUGAUGCGCAUGGUAACGGGGAAGCCGGUGGAGUUCAUGUUUUCAAAGGCCAUUGGGCGUAUGAUCGGCAUUCCCGAUGACGUCUCGCAAACCCCGCCGGCGACGCGCAAGCUCAUGUGCAUGUACAUGGACCAGUCGUACAAGUGGGUGCUGGCCGAUCUUGUCACCCUCGCCCCGGUCAUGGAGACGAAGCUUCCCAAGGCGUGA